GAUGCUGUCUACCGAUGACCGAGUCGCCAUUUUGAAAAGCAAACCGUUCACAGCACACCCGCCCUGAGUACUGGAACUAUGCCGCGGGGCCGGCCUCGCAAACUGAGAGUUAUAAGCAACGACGAAACAGAUGCAGAUCCCAGUGAGACCAAGGUGGGAAGUUUCAGUGAUGGGGAAUGCAAGGACAAAAAGUGCUCAAUAUGCGGCCAGAUCUUUACCACUGAGAGCCAGCUGCAGAGGCAUCUCCGUGAACACGAGAUCAACGAUAAGCCCCAUCGAUGUGACCACUGCCCGCAGACAUUUAACGUGGAGUUCAACCUCACACUCCACAAGUCCACGCACACCACCGCUGACUUAACCUGCCCCGUUUGCAAUAACAGGUUCUCCCGCAUCGCCAGCCUCAAAUCCCACGUCAUGCUGCACGAGAAGGAGGAGAAUUUGAUCUGCGUGGAGUGCGGGGAUGAGUUCAUUCUCCAGAGCCAGCUGUCGCUGCACUUGGAGGAGCACAGGAAGGAGUUGUCGGGCGUCAAGGUCUACACUUGCAAGACCUGCGACAAGGAGUUCAAGACGUCUGCACACCUCAAGGAGCACAUGAAGAGUCAUGUCAAGAUGAGGCCACUCAGCUCUAGUUCCCGAAACUACAAGAAAAACAUUGACCGCAGCGGGUUCCAAAACGGUUGCCACCACUGUGGAAAGGCUUUCAAAAAGCCCAGCCAGCUUGUGCGGCACAUACGAAUACACACAGGCGAGAGGCCCUACAAGUGCUCACAUUGUGGAAAGGCUUUCAACCAGAAGGUGGUGCUGCAGACUCACAUGGUGAGGCACACCGGAGAGAAACCCUACCUCUGUAUGUUCUGCCCGGCUUCCUUCUCGCAGAAAGGGAACCUGCACUCGCACGUUCAGAGAGUUCACGCCGAGACUAAAAGCGGACCACUGUUUCCAUGCAUGGACUGCAGCUGUGUAUUCAAGAAGUUGGGCAGCCUUAAUGCCCACAUCAGCAAGAUGCACAUCUCUGUAAUUGAGGUGCCCUCAAGCACUACGGAGACAGGGGUGACGGGUCAGGCUCCCGGGGGACUAGAGGGCAGCGACGGGGUGACCGACGUCAUCCAGCAACUUCUAGAGCUGUCUGAGCAGGUCAGCGGGGAGGCCGACCAGCCCCAACCUCCGGAGCCAGCUAUCGCCAUGGAAACUGCCAUCAACCAGGACAUCCUGCAGCAAGCUCUGGAGAAUAGUGGGCUGAGUGUGGUCCAGCCGCAGAGCGACGCCGCAUCCGCAGAGUCUCAGAACCAGACCUCCGACGGCGCUGGAGGAGAGCCCAAGAAAGUACAAGUCCUCCACAAACCGGCCCGGGAAAGGAAAAGGAGCAUUUUCAAGAAGCCCAUUCAAAUGCCAGGCUCCAUCAGGGAGGAGAACGGCGUCCGCUGGCACGGCUGCCCGUACUGCUCCAAGGAGUUCAAGAAGCCCAGCGACCUUGUUCGCCAUAUCCGCAUCCACACUCACGAGAAGCCUUUCAAGUGCAAACAGUGCUUCAGAGCGUUUGCUGUCAAGAGCACCCUCACAGCACAUAUGAAAACGCACACGGGUAUCAAGGCCUUCGAGUGUCAGCGCUGCCUCAAGUGCUUCUCCACUUCUGGCAGCAUGAAGGUACACAUGCGUCUGCAUACAGGUGUGCGUCCUUUCCCCUGCCCUCACUGUGACAAGAUCUUCCGUACAUCAGGUCAUAGGAAAACCCACAUUGCGUCUCACUUCAAAAGCUUGCAGCAGAAGAAGCACAAGUUUCCCCGCAGAAGCAACAAAGCCAAAGUGUCCAAAAGUAACCUACCUCUGCCCGAUAUCCCCCUGCAGGAACCCAUCCUCAUCACUGACUUUGGCCUCAUCCCAUCCCAAAACCACCGCCUGGCUUUCCAACAAUACCUAGAGGUGGUGGGCAGCGACCGUCCGUACAAGUGCCAGUUCUGCAGUAAGGCCUACAAGAAGUCCAGCCACCUGAAACAGCAUGUCAGGUCUCAUACAGGAGAGAGACCCUACACAUGUGUGCAGUGCAGUCGAGGUUUUGCCUCCUCUGGAGUCCUAAAGGCUCACGUCAGGACCCACUCGGGCCUAAAGGCCUACAAGUGCUUGAUGUGCGACACCACGUUCACCACGAGCGGCAGCUUGCGACGCCACAUGACCACCCACAGUGACCAACGACCUUACAUGUGCCCCUAUUGCCAGAAGACCUUCAAGUCGUCACCUAACUGCAGGAAGCACAUGAAGACGCACAGGUAUGAACUGUCCCAACAGCUUCAGCCCCAGUCAGCCGAUGACCCCUUAGGAGGGGGCACGGUGGACCAUGAUAUGCAGGUAGCAAUAGAGGGAGAUUCCCUCCAGCAACCAUCAGCUACCUCAGCAGAGCAGCAAAGUAUGCUGGGACUGGGCCAGACAGAGGAUGUGAAUGGAAGUCAACAAGUGACACUAGAGGCCCCCCUGACUGACCAACAGCUUGGGCAAGGAGAAGACUCGUAUGUGACGACCCAGCAUUCUUUGCCUCAGAAUAUCACUCAGUUUGAUUCCGCUACACUUCCCCAGCCUUCCUUUGACCAGCAAGCUCUAACUCAAAGCUUCACCAUCACUGAUUCGAGCUACGGUCAGUCCCAUUUCUCCAGCGUGCAGCAGCUGCAGGAUUCCAGCACCCUGGAGUCUCAGGCCUUGUCUUCCAGCUACCACCCCCCGAAUCUGCUCCACGUUCCCAGCGAGGAGGUGGCGAAUGGGCUUCUUCAGCAGAGCAGUCAGGAUGAGCUUGAGCUGACCACUCAGGACUACCAGGACGACAGCGAGGACAACAGCAAGAGAGCCUACAGGUGCAAUUGGUGUAAUAAGGGCUUCAAAAAGUCGAGCCAUCUGAAGCAGCACGUGCGCUCACAUACCGGGGAGAGACCAUACAGAUGUCCUCUCUGUGGACGAGCCUUUGUGUCGGCUGGAGUGCUGAAGUCCCACCUCAACACGCAUACAGGAGUGAAGCCGUUUAAGUGUAGUGUUUGCGAUGCCUCCUUCACCACCAAUGGCAGCCUGAACCGCCACAUGAUUAUCCACAUCAAGUCCUUCAAAUGCUCCAUGUGUGACGAGAGCUUCAGGACCAGCCUGCUGUGUAAAAAGCAUAUGAAAAAGGAGCAUGCUGUGCAGGAUCAAACUUUUACAGUUAUAAGUCUGGAUAGUCAAGACAUUGACGAAGAGGAUGAUGAAGAAGACGAAGAAGAAGAAGAGGAGGAGGACGACGACGAGGACGGGGAGCAAAAGUCAAAGAGGAGGAGCUUGGAAAUCAUCACUUUCACUGAGGAGCAGGCGGCAGAGCUGGCCAAAGACCCCGGGGAGGAGGCCUCGGUGUCGGAGCGGAUCCUCGCCCAGUCAGCGGCUGAGCGGGAUCGAAUCAGCGAGAUCAAAGACAAGGCCGUCGAACUGGAAACGGAACCCAAGUUUGCCAACUGCUGCAGGUUCUGCCCCAAGAGCUUCAAGAAGCCCAGUGACCUUGUCAGGCACAUUCGGAUCCAUACAGGAGAAAGACCAUACAAGUGUGAUGAAUGUGGGAAGAGUUUCACAGUGAAAUCUACCCUGGACUGCCACGUGAAGACACAUACGGGUCAGAAACUCUUCAGCUGUCACAUGUGCAACACCUCCUUCUCUACAAAGGGCAGCUUAAAGGUGCACAUGCGUCUCCACACGGGCUCCAAGCCCUUCAAAUGUCCCUUUUGUGAGCUGCGCUUCCGAACUUCAGGCCAUCGCAAAACCCACUUCCAGUGCCACUUCCGGCCAAGCCUGGACAGCCGCAAGUCCAAGCGCUCCGUCGCAGCCGGCGGUCAGGCUCAAGACCCCGAGAACGGGCAGGUCGUGGGACUGGGCGAGGGUCAGCAGCCGGCAUCUUCAGAGGUCCUCCAGUCCGUGGGUCUGCUGCAGACGUCCAACUCUGACCCCAACAUUUACCUCCCAGCCAACCAAGUCCUGACAGGGCAGUUUGACCAGAGUCUACUGCAACCGGGACUGGUGGGACAAGCCAUCCUGCCCGCCACCAUGUCAGCUGCAGGAGACCUGACUGUGUCUCUCCCAGAUGGCCUGACCACGCUAGAUGGCAUCCACCUGCAGCUGACACCUGGCAACCUGGUUUGCCCCAACGUUCAGAUCUCUGGCAUCGAUACCAGCAACAUCAACAACAUCACACUACAGAUUGACCACGCCCUCCUCCAGCAGACCUUACAACAAGGCGGCCUCCUCUCUCAACCCCUGAGCAUCGACACUGGCCUCGUCUCCCAUUCCGGCAACCAGCUUAUGUCGGCCACCGACCCCUCGAUGUCUGCCAACGUUGUUAUCCACCCACUCACCAGCCUGGCCCUGCAGCCCUCCUCCAUCACGCCCACUCAGGUCACAAUGGCCAGCCUCUCUGAACAGGAUGCUACAGGUUCCCAGGACCUCAGCCACGUCAUAGGCAGCUCUGGACUUGUAGCUGGAGGCCCGAGUGGACAGGAAAUCACAUUGACCAUCAACAAUUCCAGCCUGAGUCAGGCCCUGGCCCAGGUUCAUGCUCAGGCCUCCGCUUCCGGUUCCAGCGCUGCAGCAGGGAACCCUCAGGAGAUCACGCUCACCAUAUCGGGUCAGGAUCUGCUGCCCCAUCAUAGCCACUCUAAUGGGGCGGAGAUGACUGGCAGCAUCAGGCUGGCGUCACCACUCAAUAGCCAGUCCGCCAGUGCAACGCUGACCAUCAGCAAUGACCAUCUCCUCCCUCAGAGCCCCGCCAACACUGGAAUGGCAGUGUCCAGCCUGCCACCCAGCACCACCCUGUCACUUCCUGCGGUGUCCCAGAGCCUCGUGAUGUCACCAGGAGGGGUUGCCGGCGACGACACAGUUACACUCACCCUGGCGGAUGCCCAGGGAAUUCUGGAUGGUGUCACUCUAAACCUCAAUGCGCAGGGUCAGUUUCCUGCAGUGCUCAGUGACCCGGGACAACCCAACAGCUCAGGCCAGCAGGUCAUACUGGUCAGCCACCACUCGCAAUCCACGAACGGAGCAUCUGACAAUGGAUACAAUAUUACUGACGAUGGCCACAAGGGUGGGAAGGAUGGCCAGGCGGAGGCCGACAGCCAAAACCAGUGUUACUACUGUAAUCAGGUAUUCCAGAAUGCCAACACUCUGCGACGCCACUGUAGACAAGCCCACGGCAAGGACCGCUGUCACGUCUGCGGUCUCUGUAACAAGGCCUUCAAGCGAGCAACACACCUGAAGGAGCACGAAAGAGUGCACCAGCCGGGCCCGUCACCCAGCUCCCAGAAACCCCGAGUCUUCAGCUGCUCCUCCUGUGUGAAGGCCUUCGCCAAGCGCAGCCAGCUGGAGAGACACAACCGGACGCACACAGGCGAGCGGCCUUUCAAGUGCGCCCAGUGCGACAAGGCCUUUAACCAGAAGAGUGUUCUGCAGGUCCACAUGGUCAAACACACUGGAAAGAAGCCCUUCAAAUGUGAGGUGUGCAGCAUCAGGUUCACCCAGAAGAGCAACAUGAAACACCACAUGAAGAGAUCCCACGGCUACGGUCAGAUCCAAGACCCCUCCCUUAGACAAGACGAAUCAGUGCACCAGGAGACACCUGAGCUCGACCUGGAAGCGGUUCCUGAACCAUCCGGAGACUGGCACAAUGUCUUCCCCUGACCACACAAGUCCCCCCGUCCCAGCGGCACCGUACAGAUUGAGUUUCACAGCCAGGCAGCAACGCUUUGCCAAACCCAAAGACCUUGUUUGCUCCAUUGCACACCGAGGGCUUCCACCCUUGUCUGAUUGUCAUGAAUACAUCAAACCUCCGGAGAGGUUUGGCUCGCUGAACGUAAGCAUCCAAGAGCGUUCUCCAGGAGAUGCAGGUCCCUCUCAUGCCGACCCGGCUGGAAGGAGAGGAAACUCCUGAGAGACGAGCGUGUUAUUGCUUCAUAACGGUUGUGCCCACAGCGAUGAAGCGGAGGUGCAAACAAUUGCACUGGUAUCAUGACUUCAAUAACCACAACAUACCAUUUUUUCAUGGUUCUCCAAGAUAUGUCACUUCUUUUUUUUCACAUAUGUGUCGUGUAUAUAGUUUUGAGGUGAUUUGUCAUUUGCACUUAGUUCCAUGUGUUUUUCUAUUUUGAAGACAAUACUCAAAGAGGUAUCGGUUAAGCCGCCCCUCGUCCCCUGGAUUUUAUGCUGUACGAGGUAUUCAAUUACUUCAGUUCUGUAAAUAUUGUUGUUAGAUUGCAUCUAUUUUCUGAUGAAUCGGCACAAAAUACUUUUUUCGAGGUAUGUCAUUUGAACAUAGUAUUGCAUUUAUACUGAAUAAUGUACAGAUAAUAAUUUUUUUCAGUUGUAUUUUCUAUUGUCCAUAAUAAAUUAAGAAUAAAGUAAUUUUUGUACUAAUUUAAACUUUCAUCUUUUUUAUCUUUGAUUUUACGUCAAAUAAAGCAAUACAUGGAGAAAGCUG